AUGGAGAACCUGUGUAAUGCCAACAGCAGAUUUGCACUGGAUCUGCACAGAAGGUUUAGUGAAACCAACCCAACAGGAAACGUCUUCUUCUCUCCUGUCAGUGUCUCUGCUGCUCUGGCCAUGGUCCUUUUAGGGGCCAAAGGUAACACAGGGGCACAGGUGCUGAAGACGCUUCAUUUUGAUGAAGUUGAAAACAUUCAUUCAAGAUUUCAGGCUCUGACUAUGGAUAUUAACAGAAGCGAUGCUCCCUAUCUCUUACGGCUUGCCAAUCGUCUUUUUGGAGAGAAGUCCUACAGCUUUUUGCCGGAUUUCCUGACUAAUACUAAGAAAUUAUAUGGAGCUGAUUUGGCUACAGUUGAUUUUCUUCAGGCUUGUGAUGAAGCCAGGAAAGAAAUUAACCAGUGGGUAGAGGAGAAAACUGAAGGUAAAAUCCCUAAUCUGCUCUCUGAAGACUCAGUUAAUAACAUGACCAGGCUCGUACUGGUGAACGCUAUUUAUUUCAAAGGGAACUGGGCAGAGAAAUUUCAAGAAGCCGAAACCACUGACAUGCCAUUUCGGUUAAAUAAGAAUGAAAGAAAGACAGUGAAAAUGAUGUAUCAGAAAAAGAAAUUUCGUUUCGGGUAUAUCCCUGAAGAGAAGAUACGUGUUUUAGAGCUGCCUUACGAUGGAAGAGAACUUAGUAUGAUCAUCCUGUUACCUGAUGACAUUGAAGAUGACUCCACUGGACUGCAGAAGCUGGAAAAGCAGCUUACCUUGGAGAAGCUCCAGGAAUGGACACGUCCAGAGCACCUAUAUUCCACUGAUGUUCAUGUGCGUUUGCCAAAGUUUAAGCUAGAAGAAACCUAUGACCUUAAAUCAGAUUUAGCCGCUAUGGGCUUGUUGGAUGUGUUUGACAGUGGCAAGGCUGACUUAUCAGGAAUGUCAGGCGCACGUGACCUCUUUCUCUCUCAAGUUGUCCACAAGGCUUUUGUAGAAGUGAAUGAGGAAGGCACAGAAGCUGCAGCUGCCACUGCUGGCAUUGCUAUGCUCUGCAUGAUUAUAGAAGAGGAUUUCAAUGCUGACCAUCCUUUCCUUUUCUUUAUUCGCCACAACCCGACGCAAAGCAUACUUUUCUUCGGCAGAUAUGCUUCUCCGUAAAAGAGAACUUAGCAUUUGCAGACCAGUUCAUGCUGUAGUCAAUAAAAGUUUUGCUCCUGAAUGAGUGGGAUUUUGAUAUAGAAAGUUAACACUCCUGUCUUGAGUUCCUAGUCACUUUGACUGAGAUUCUGUCUUUCCCAUUAUAAGAAUCCCAGAGAAACUG